AUGAGCGCGGAUCUGAUCUCCGACCCGAGGAAGAUCCUCUCGUUGGUCGAGCAGCUCUGCGAUCUGUCGCUUACGGAGGUGCAACUGCGGUUGAAUAGAUACGUACAGAAUGAGACGAAUGCAAAAGUGGUCUUUCUCAUAUCAGUAUUGUUGGAGUCGGAGGAGAUGGUUAUUCAUGUGAUAGGCGAAGAAAUUUUGGACAGAGAGUUGAGAUUUCCUAUAAAGAACAAUAUUUUACACGAAGCUGUGGCAAAUAGGACAACAUUAGUCACAAACGUUGAGAAACUCAAUCAAGAGUUGUUGAGAUAUAUCAAUAGAAUAGUUGACACGCCGUCAAGUUCCAGUCUUUCUCUCUUGACAAUCCCUAUACAGCAUCCUUUUAAGGAUUACACAGCCUUGCUUGUAUGCCUUGUAGAUUAUAUGAAAUGUACAAAUUGUAUGAAUGGGGAUGAAUCUGAGCGUGCUUGUACAGAAAUAGUUCAGGAAUGCUUUAGAUUCUGCCUUGGAUACAUACUGAGUUCCUUGCGUCACUUUGAGGAAACUCGCGUGAAGCAACAAUGCCAGAAUUUACUAGCUGUUUCCAGAAAACUUUACACGCAUUUAGGCAUCUUACCUGAUCUCUUACGCGAGAUUAUGGCGGAAGUCAGAAGAUUAACGAACGCGGAGAGGUGUUCUUUAUUUCUUCUGGAUCCUGACCAACAAGAUCUAGUUGCGAAGGUGUUCGAUGGUCUUUCCACGAAAGAAGAUGCGCCCGAAAUGAGAAUACCUAUCGGGCAAGGUAUAGCUGGUCACGUAGCGACCACCGGUAAAUUACUUAAUAUUCGCGAUGCGUAUAAUCAUCCCCUCUUUUAUCGCGGAAUCGACGAGUUAACAGGGUUUAGAACUAGGAAUAUUCUGUGCUUCCCGAUACGAGAUGAGAGUGGCAUUAUUGGAGUGGCUCAACUGUGCAAUAAGAUGGAUAGUUUAUACUUCGAUGUCUCUGACGAAGAGAUCGCAACGGCGUUUAGUAUUUAUUGUGGUAUAUCGAUAAUGCAUAGUAUUGUUUACAAGAAAAUGCAGGACGCUCAAGCUCGAAACAAACUUAGCAAUGAGAUUAUGAUGUAUCACAUGAAGGUGGAGGAAUCCAUCGUGGAAGCCUUGUUAAGCUGCGGGGACGAUCAUAGCAUUAAAAAUUUCAACAAGUUCCAAUUCAAUCCGAAGAGUGUGCCCUACAAACACUUACCUUGCUACGUCAUUAAGAUGAUCACAGACUUGCCUUUUCUCCAACAUUGGAGGAUUAAAAUUCCGACGCUCGCGAGGUUUGUGCUAUAUAUCAAGAAAGGUUAUCGAGACGCACCUUAUCACAAUUGGAUACACGCAUUCUCCGUGACACACUUCGGGUAUCUCCUGAUAAAAAAUUUGCAGCUCGUCGAGGAGAACUAUAUGACGCCGCUUCAGGCUCUGGUGUUCCUCGUAUCGUGUUUAUGCCACGAUAUAGAUCACAGGGGAACUAAUAAUACCUUUCAGACUAAGUGGGGAACUGUACUGGCAAGCCUUUACAGCUCGGAAGGCUCUGUUAUGGAAAGGCAUCAUCUCGCACAGACAAUGUGCAUUUUAAACACCGAAGGCUGCAAUAUAUUUGAAAAUUUCGAGAGCGACGAGUAUAGCGAAGUCUUGGACCUACUAAGAAACAACAUACUUGCCACUGACUUAGCCUCCCAUUUCCGCAGCAGAAAAAAGCAAGAGGAGAUGGUCCGUGAUGGAUACAAUAAGGACAAUCCGAGGCAUCGGAAACUGUUGUUUGAAUUGCUUAUGAAUUGCUGCGAUCUUGGCGAUCAAACCAAAGAUUGGAAGGUCGUGAAGAAGACCGCGGAGCAGAUAUACGACGAGUUCUUCACGCAAGGCGAUCUGGAGAAGAGCAUGGGUAGCGCGCCCGUCGAAAUGAUGGACAGGGAACGUGCGUCUAUUCCCGAUCUCCAGAUAGAAUUCAUCACCAACUUGGCCAUACCCAUCUUCACUAAUCUGUCGUUGCUGUUCCCAUCGACGGCGCAUCUCGUCUCCAUGAUAGAACGCAAUCGUUCGUUGUGGGAAGUGUCCAAAGUCUUGUUUCAAAAGUAUUCUGAGAACGGAAUGAAAGGAAUAGACAUCUUGCUCGACCCCAACUUCGAAGAUGAGGUGCUCGCGACAUUUGUUCAAGAAGAGCACUGUUCUGCCGGGAAUCCUGACGAAUGCAGAUCAUAAAGAAUGAAUAUAUACACGAUAAGUGCCGAUAACGUUCGUGAGAAAGCUCCGGAAUAGCAACUGGUUCGAGUGGCAUUCGUAACAUAAUGUGAUAAACUUAACUUUUGCAGCUAUAGUAUGAGAGGAGAAAGAAUUUCACGAUUUGAUCCAUUUUUAUGUGAAAAUACUUGAGCGUGAGAUACAAGUUAAUCGGGAAUCAAAAUGUGAUUUUAAAAGCAAUGAAGUAGUUGCAUUUAUAAUAUAGAGAUAGACGUAAUUCUUCUUGAAAUAAUUCGGAGAUAAGAGCAAUCGUUAAAUAUAUUUUACGCACUGCCGAUUUAAAUUAUUUUCAUUGCACAUUGUACGUCACUGCUGAAUAUGUACGAAUACACUCAAAAGGUAAUAUUUAUAAUGAUAAUUUAUGUGUAUUCGUGUGCACAUGCGUAAUCACGUUUACAGAGAAUGCUUCCUGUGUUUUUGUCUUUGCUUCUUCUCCGGUGUGGAUAUGCGUUUAAUAAUAGCAAAUUAAAUGUGAUAUAAAUCAAAAAAGGUGCUGUUUAUAUAAUUAUAAAUGUAUAUAGUAUUAAUUAGAAAUGCGUAUAGUAUUAUUAGCGUUUAUAAGGAGAUAUGUGAUAAUAAAAGAAUGUGAUAAUAG